CCCCCCCAGGAAGACCUCCAGGUGACGCUCCCUGAGGACUCGGGCCAGGUGCUGCUGCUGUGCUUACACGAGGCGAACAUUGCCCUGAAGCUGCAGGACUGCUGGACAGCCAGGGCUCUGGAAAAGGGAUCAGCGUACCUUCAUCUUCUCCACACCAAGGUGUCAGGUCUGCAGGGAAGCCAAGCUGCUGAGGCAGCUGAAAUUCAGUCAGGGGACUGGGGUCUGUGUACUGAUCUACACUUUCUGAAUGACCUCAACUCCAUCCUGAUCCACCACUGUCACUGCCUCCCAAAGAAUUUCCUGGUCACCGAUGCCAUGAUGGUCCCCGCGCUGGACCCUGGAACCAGUCUGCAGGCUGAGCAGGAAAGGGGCUCUCUGUACCUGGUGGACCAUGCCAUCCUCUCAGGCCUCUACCUCAGCAUCAUCCAUGGGAUGCCCUAGUUCAUGACUGCACCCCUGAUCCUGCUGCACCAGCGUCCCAAAGGCAAUGGGCCCUUGCUACCCCUUGCCAUUCUGCUCACUCAGACACCCAGCCUAGACAGCCCCAUCUUCCUGCCCAGUGACCCAGCUGAAGACUGGUUCCUGGCCAAGACCUGGGUGUGACACUCAAAGUUCCUGGUGCACAAGACGGUCACUCAUCUACUUCGAAUCCACUUUGUGGUGGCUUUUGCUUUGUCCAUGCUGCGGCAGCUGCCCACGAGCCACCCAUUUUCAAGGCAGGGAGGAACCCUCCUCUCAGUGCCCACAGCUGUGGGAGACCCGGGGCUGCCUGAUCUGACCUCUGACUCCGGCUUCCCCUUUCUUCUGUACCUUCCACAUCAACAUCCAGCCCGCACUGGGCUCUUUGUACCAGGAAAGCUCAUCCAGCAGGUCAAGGCCCUGGAGGCCUGGGAUCUUGGGGUGGGCAGCCUGGAGCUGAUCACCAAAGGGCUGGCAGCUGCCACCUACCACACCCUCUACCUGUCCCUCCAGCUGGCUGACUUCAAGGUCCAGGACCUCGCCCACUACUACACUCCAGAUCUGGGCAGCCAUAGAGAGCCGGCCAAGGUCCCAGCCUUUCCUUCUCCCUUCCUGGACACCUACCCAGAGGAGCACUUCACCGAGAAGGCCCCGCGGCGGAGCAUCGCCGCCUUCCAGAGCCACCUGGCCCAGAUCUCGGCGGACGUCCUGGAAUGGAGCCGGGGCCUGGCGCUGCCCUACUCCUACCUGGGGCCCGCGGCCGCAGAGAACGGAAUCGCGGUGAGAGCGCAUGGCGCGCACAGACUGCACCCGCACCCCGCGGCGCCAGCCUUGCCGCCAGCGCCCCAGUAA